AUGGAGAAACACGACUUUUUGAUCAUCGUGGACGCAACAGGCUCCAUGAGGGAGUACCUUCGCUCCCUCAACGAUUCGCUACCACAGAUCAUUUCCAUAUCUGCACUAACAGGGUGCUUUUCACGGAUCGGAGUCCUGGCCUUCCGCGACUACGAUUACACUGGGGAUCAACUUCUCCACUGGUCAGGGUGGCUGCAUCAAAACUCAGACGAAGCCUCGCAAGAACCUCAGCCUGACCUAGUUACCUUCGCUAAGCGCCUCGAAGCACUGGGAAAUAGUGACACUGAUGAGGCCCACAAGACAGCUCUCGCUAAGGCUUAUGAGCUCAUGCGUCCAGAUGCGAAAACACUUGUAUUUCUUUACACUGAUGCGCCUCCUCAUCCCAACGUGGACGACACAGCUGGUACUCGCAAUAGCUCUCUGGAAAAAGCCGCAUUGGGCCCGACAUCAUUUUCAAACUAUGGAAGUUCAUUUCAAGAUUGGGUAUCUGCGGGCAAACUCCUUCGAGGCGGACAAAAGCCGGCCCAGGUCUUCACUAUUCUCGACGGUUUCGUGAGAGGAGAGGAAUCUGGCUGGCAUACCUACCUAUGCCACAUGACCGGCGGUGCCUGUAUUGUUUUGAACCGGUGGCAAGACCCCUCAAAAUUGACAGUAGAUCUACUUCUAGCGUGGAUGGGGGUAGAAAAAGCUCUCUCUACAAGCUCAGCCAUGGAAGAAGAUAUCCCUGCUAAGUUGUUGUGGUAUCAUUCCGUCGACGACAUCGACGACAUUCACAACGAGAAGGAUGUAAGAGCAAUGUCUUUCUUCUCGCAGACCCAGGAAAAUACCUGUGGAAACAACAUCAGGGCUACCGGCUUGACUGCCGACAUCUUCAGGAGGCUAAUUCCGAAGAAGACCAUUCCUGUCCUAGAUUUCGCAAAACGCUGGAACACAGAUGCGCAAUACAAAGAUCUUGUCGUCAAGUGUUUGACGCAGAUCAUCAACGACAAUGUCCAGGCAAUGGCACUCAACCCUGUUUUCGGAACUCUGUGGAGAGCGGUGUGCAAUGAUAGGGACCAUGGACAUCGCGAAGAGCUCUUGAUUGCGUUCAGCCGUAGCCUGGAAAAAUUGACAGACAGCAGUCAACGGGAAAAGAUGAAGAAAUGGUUGGAAGAAUCCUACGACUUCGCCCAAGACAUCAUGUCGGACAUCAACGAUGUCCCCGAGGAAGACAGGUAUCCUUGCGUGCUUCUCGAUCCAACUCUAAGCUUUGGGCGUACAAAUACUGGCUCGAAAGAUAGCCCCAGUUCUACCUCUGGCCUGACCCGCGCUGAUCUUUUGGAAAUUGGUCGAUCUUGCAAUGCCCAUAUUCUACGCCGCGUGGGAACUAUCCUUACCCAGAUGACUGUUGUGGAAUCGGAGAAAGAUCUGCCAGAGCAUAUCGCCAGCACUGGAAAUGAACAGGUGGUAAGAAUCCCGCUAGCGCUGGCAACACAGAAAUACCAAAAUCGGUUCUGGAAAUAUCUAUUUCACCUCAUCGUGCCCGGCACAAAGCUUUCUGCUCGUCCUGCUGCUCUUGUCGCCGCUCUCAGUCUUCGCAUGGGGGUAAAGCCACUUGCAGAAAUGGCAACGCGGGAACUUCUCGGCUUCAAAGACAAGUGGAAUGACAUUUCGACUCCUGAAAAUUGGAAUGUCGGAUGUUUGACACUUCUCAUCGAUGCCGAUGAAGCACACCACAGACAGCAAGUAGAGGUCCUGGACAAGAAUGAAACAGUUAUGAGCGAGUCCAGGCUCUUGAACCCCAACGACAGAGUAUUAUUUGAGCGUCUUAUUGCCUUCAAGCUACUUGAAACGAACCUCAACACUCCACUCAAUGCCCAAAUAGCCUGGACCCCAGACAAGUCGAUUGCACCCAUCGGACCGCUGGUGACAUGUCAGCUAUGCAAGUUUCCUCGUUCUGUCACUAUAAUGGGUGAAGAUAGCACAUGUGGCCUCUGCAUUAGUGUGCGGGAUGAAGAUACGAAGGCCCGCAUAGAUAUAGGAGUUUCACACGAUGUGACUUCCACUUCCAAUGCAACUUGGGUUGAAUGUAGGACAGUGUCCUGCAGGGCCCAGUACAUCGUUUAUGUCGUCGAUGCACUGAAAGUCGGUCCAAAAUGCCACUACUGUCGAAGCCAGACUCCAACUGCUGCCCCCACUGUAAAGUGCAGCCGUUGCCUGAACCACAUGAUCUGGCCCAAAGAAUACAGAUCUUCCUUAUUCAAUGAGUCGGAGUUCACUUGUCCCCAUUGCACAGCAGGCCACGAGCCAACGACAGAAAUCGAAGUAACCGCGAACCAACUGGAAGCCGAGAACACACUAUCCUGGCUAGCACAGGACACAGAAAGACCAAAUGAAAGGGCCUUCCAGAACACCUCCGUCUUCCAAACCAUAUCUACAAUGGGCGCUGAAGGCUUCCUCUCGAGAAUAACCCUCUUCCCAACCCAGGACACCAAGCUAACUUACAACGGCAAACCAAUCCACAACUCCCCCGACCUAAUAACAGCCCUCCAAAACCUCGUGGCAAAGCACAAAACAAUCAAAACAGAAUGUUCCCUCUGCUUCUCCUCUUUCAAAGCAGGAACCCUAACCCGAGCCUGCGGACGCCGCGGCUGCCACCAGCGGAUCUGCACAUCCUGUCUAUCAGGCUGGUACGGCCUCAACUCCGCGGGGUGUAUAAUCAACACGGCGGCACUAGCCUGUCCCUUCUGCCGAAGACACCCUGCUCCCCAGCGACUAGCGAAGCAUGGGAUGGGUAUCCAGGCGGUUAAGGAUCUGACACUUGCCGUUCGGGAUAAAGGGACGUUGAUCUAUGCGUGGUGUCGGGGAUGUCAUACAGCCAAGGAGCUUAUGGAGCGGAGCUGUGCCCGUGGAGCGCCGCCUGAGCUUGGUAAUUGGGCUUGUGAGGAGUGUCACGGGGGAUGGGAUAGGGCAAGGUUAGAUGAGGAGAGGAGGGGGGCCGGGGCGACGGUUGAGGCGAAGAUGGUUGACACUAUUAAGCCUUGUCCGAAGUGUGGGACUAUGACGCUGAGGAUAUCAGGUUGUGGGCAUAUCAAAUGUUCAGUGGAGGGUUGUGGAGUUGACUGGUGCUACUUCUGUGGAAAGGAGUUUUCGGAUGACGAGAUUUACAAGCAUAUGAGUGAGGAGCAUGGUGGCUUCUUUGGUGGGGAGUUCGAGAUCGAGGAUGAGUGGGAUGAGGAGUGGGAUGAAGCUAAUUGA